AUGUCUGGUCGUGGUAAAGGUGGUAAAGGACUUGGAAAAGGUGGUGCUAAACGACAUCGAAAAAUCCUUCGUGAUAAUAUUCAAGGUAUCACUAAACCAGCUAUUCGCCGUCUUGCACGUCGUGGUGGUGUAAAACGUAUUUCAGGACUUAUUUAUGAGGAAACUAGAGGUGUACUUAAAGUAUUCCUUGAAAAUGUUAUUCGAGAUGCUGUAACUUAUACAGAACAUGCAAAACGUAAAACUGUAACUUCUCUUGAUGUUGUUGACCCAGUAGUUUUAGAAAAAUUAAAAAAAUUUAGAUUCGGAAAGAGAUCACAAGGAAAUGCGGCAUUUGUUUUAAAGAUCGAUAGAAAAAAUUUAUUAGUUGUAGAAGAUGGAAUUUAUGAUAAUAUAUCAUUGAGUGAACUUGUUGAUGUACUUCCCGAAACUAAUCCACGAUAUAUUGUAUUAAGUUAUGAGUUAUCUCAUAAUGAUGGAAGAAAAUCAUAUCCAUUAGUAUUGAUUUAUUAUUCUCCUCCUUCUAUCAAACUUGAGACUCACAUGCUGAAAGCAGAUUUGAAUAAGGUGUUUGACAUUAGAGAAGUAGAAUCAUUAACUGAUGAAUGGUUACAAGAAAAACUAUUACAUCAUUAA